UAUGAGUUCAGUCACUGGGCCCAAGUAGAUGUCCUCGAUGUUCCACCAAGAUAUGAGGGCAGGCCAAGGGUGCUGAUCCAGCCUCAACCUCAAAGGCUGCUGGUGGGAGAUUUACUCUAUCUGGAGUGCGGAGCUAUUGGAAGACCCCUACCGCAAUAUCAAUGGUACAGAAACGGAGUGCCGAUCAAAAAAGCCACUAAGAGGAUGUACACUGUCAAGAAUUUGUUGCCAGAGCACCAGGGAAGGUAUCGCUGUGAGAUCUUCUGCAGUAAUGAACGAACAUGGAGCAAUGAAGUGGAUGUUGUUGUUGUUGUUGUUGUUAUAGGUAUGCAUCAUAUCUUUUGUUUUAUAUUUAUUCUUUGGUUAGAUGUUUUCUGA